AUGUGGAUUCAGGUGCGCACCAUGGAUGGCAAGGAGACCCACCGGAUCGACUCCCUGUCCAAACUCACCAAGGUGGAUGACCUGCGCCUCAGGAUCACGGAGGUGUUCAAGGUGGAGCCGCAGAGGCAGAGACUCUUUUACAGGGGCAAACAGAUGGAGGAUGGCCACACCAUCUUUGACUACAACGUUGGCCUGAAUGAUAUUGUGCAGCUGCUUGUGAGACAGGUCCUGCCAUCAGCUGCUCUGAACCCCCGCAAGGACAAGGAGGCAGAGCUGUCGGACUCUGAUUCUGGCUGUGGCUCAGCCCAGAGUGAGUCGGACAAAAGCUCCACACACGGGGAAAUGGAGGGGCAGACCCCUGGUACUUCAGCGCAGGCUGACCUUCCCGACCUCAUCGACCCUGGAUUUGGCUUGUAUAAGAUAAAUGAGUAUGUGGAUGCCCGGGAUUUGAACAUGGGUGCGUGGUUUGAGGCCCAGAUUGUUAAUGUGACAAAGGAGACCAAGAGUUCGGGAGAAGAAGGUGAUGGUACUGAAACGCAGCCCGGUGAAGAGGAGGUUCAUUACCAUGUCAAAUAUGAAGACUACCCUGAGAAUGGAGUUGUGCAGCUGCAGGCAAAGGAUGUGCGUCCUCGCGCCCGCACGGUGUACCAGUGGCACCAGCUGGAGGAGGGCAUGGUGGUGAUGGUCAACUACAACCCCGAUGAGCCGAAGGAGCGAGGGUACUGGUACGAUGCACAGAUCCAGAGGAAGAGGGAGACCCGCACCCAACAUGAGAUCUACGCCAAAAUACUGCUCGGGGAUGCUGGUGACUCCCUUAAUGACUGUCGCAUCAUGUUUGUGACUGAAAUAUACAAGAUUGAGGAGCCUGGAAGUGCAGAGGGAGCAGGAUCUGCAUCUGAGAGUCCUCUGAAAAGGUCGAAUGGGCCAGAGUGCAAACACUGCAAGGACAACCCCCAGAAGAACUGCCGUAUGUGCAACUGCCACGUGUGCGGUGUGAAGCAGGACCCCGACAAGCAGCUGCUGUGCGACGAGUGUGACAUGGCCUUCCACACCUACUGCCUGAACCCACCCCUCACCGCCAUCCCUGAGGAUGAGGACUGGUAUUGCCCGGAGUGCAGAAAUGAUGCAAGUGAGGUGGUUUUAGCAGGAGAGAAGCUGAAGGAGAGCAAGAAAAAAGCAAAGAUGGCAUCUGCAAGCUCAUCCAGCCAGAGAGACUGGGGGAAGGGCAUGGCAUGUGUCGGCCGUACAAAACAAUGCACCAUCGUCCCCUCCAACCACUAUGGCCCGGUGCCAGGGGUGCCUGUUGGCACCCUGUGGAAGUUCCGUGUGCAGGUCAGUGAGUCCGGUGUCCACAGGCCACAUGUAGCUGGGAUUCACGGCAGGAGCAAUGAUGGCGCCUACUCCCUAGUGCUGGCUGGGGGCUAUGAGGAUGAUGUGGAUGAUGGGAACGAGUUCACCUACACGGGCUCUGGUGGGCGAGACCUGUCAGGGAACAAGAGGACUGCUGAGCAGUCAUGUGAUCAGAAGCUUACCAACAUGAACCGGGCUCUAGCUCUAAACUGCAACGCAGCAGUAAAUGAAAAGGAUGGGGCUGAGGCCAAGGACUGGAAAGCGGGGAAGCCUGUUCGAGUCGUGCGCAGCUCCAAGGGCCGCAAGCACAGCAAGUACUGCCCUGAGGAUGGGAACCGAUACGAUGGAAUCUACAAGGUGGUGAAGUACUGGCCAGAGCAGGGCAAGUCUGGCUUUCUGGUCUGGAGGUACCUCCUGAAACGCAAUGAUGAUGAGCCGGCUCCCUGGACUCGAGAUGGCAAGGAAAGGAUCAAGAAACUGGGUCUCACCAUGCAGUAUCCUGAGGGUUAUCUAGAGGCCGUGGCUGCUAAAGAGAAAGAGAAGGAGAACAAGAAUGAAGAGGAGGUGCCAGACACACCCAGCAAGGGCAAGAGGAAGAGGAAAUCGCAGGCUGAAACGGAGGAGAAAACCUCUCCAAACAAGAACACCCCCAAGAAAGUGAAAGUGGAGGCAUACAAACUGACACGAGAGCAGAAGGCCUUGAUCAAGGAGGACGAGCUCAACAAGAAAUUGUGGGAUGAAGCCAUGUCAUCUCUGACACUUGGACCGAGAUUUCUUAACAAAGUUGAAGAAAUAUUCUUGUGUAUAUGCUGCCAGGAAGUGGUGUAUCAGCCAAUCACAACAGAGUGUCAACACAAUGUCUGCAGGGAAUGUCUUCAGCGCUCCUUCAAGGCAGAAGUGUAUACCUGUCCGGCUUGCAGGCACGAUCUGGGGAAAAACUACUCAAUGAGUAUCAACAAACCCCUCCAAGCCAUUCUCAACCAGUUCUUUCCUGGGUACAGCAGUGGACGGUGAUAACUUUGCUCACCGUCUUAAAUUGCUGCCGCAUUUCCUCAUGGAGACGACACGAACUCUGGUGAUAGUAAUGCAGUCCAACAAACAGUGCAAACAAUCAUUUUCUUAAUAUAUUAAACCCAUUUGUGUGUAAAACCUUUACUAUCUUGAUGUUGGGUGGCUGUGGUUCCCCCCCCUCAGAAUUUGAUUUCAGUCUUCAAGUGAAGAGUUA